AUGGCUGACGGAUCGGAUGAUGAUGAUGCCAAAGGUGGAAGGGCUAAAAGUCGGCGUGAACUACCAGCUGGUGCAGUAGCAACACUGAAAGCGUGGCUUUUAUCACCUGAACACUUUACGCAUCCAUACCCAACACCACAGGAUCAAGUCAUGUUGAUGCAAAAGACUGGAAUAGACAAGAAGCAAUUGAAGAAUUGGUUUACGAAUGCAAGACGGAGAAUAUGGAAACCAAUGUUGAAAAAGCAACUUGAACAGGGAAAGCUAGCGGCGACUGUGGGGGGAGGAGUGGGUGUACCAGGGGGGGUUCAACCACUCAUGGUUCCUCAAAUGACUGGUAUGGCUCCAGCCGAUCAAACAUACCAACAACCGAUCCAGCAACAAAUGGGGCAACAUGAGCUUUCGGUGGAUCCAUACGGAAAUGCUGUGUACACUCAACGAGCUGUUGCAGCACCAGUUCCUUCACAGCAACCGCAGUACUAUGAUUCCCAAGCAGCUGCACCAAUGUCACAAAGUCAGCAGGUUGGGUCUUUGCCUCAAAUGAGUAAUACUGCUCCCAACCAACAACUAAGCAAGACGGAUAGCCAUGCAGUAUUGAUGGAGCUCUUCGCCCGUGAUAGAGACCUUGUGCGACAAGCUACAGAAUCUGCAGGAAUCAAAUCAGACCAAGGACAAGGACAAGCAUCUUUCGCUCCAGCGCCGAGUCAACCACCAAUGAAAGUCCCUUCACAGGCACGCAUGAUCAAUGUCCCCACGUUGAAUUCAUGGCCGCACUUUUCCAGUGUUUCAUCCUUGAACAACCUUGGUAAUAUGCCUGGCGUCAAAAGUAUUACUAGUCUCAGUCUAGCUGAUCUUGCAAAACAGGGCCCAGUGAAUGGUACUAUUGACAACUUGGCUCAAGUCAAGAGCUACGAAAAUAUGGGCAAGAAUGACUCCUAUGCAUUUCUCGAGGUAUUCUUUGGAGAGAGGAGUUCUAAUGCUCUCAGUAGCAUGGGUGGCAAGAACGAUCAGCGAGGUAUUAAGCGAGAACGCGAAGAAGAUAACGAUGAUGUUGGCUUGUCUUUGGAAGACGAAGGACCGUCAACAACAGCGUCGAAGCCAGAGUCUGGAUCAAUUGCCCCCGCUCCUGCUUUUGGAUCUUUUGACAGAAAGGAUUCUACUGGUACAUUAAAGAGAGCUUAUGACGAUGCGCUUGCUGCAAGAGGGCUCAUUUCUGUGAGUAGAAGCUGUGAGAAGCUCACGGAUCUCGCACUACCAGCGAAGAUCCAGCGUACUCUCUCGCAAGAGUUUCUUCGGGGGCCUCCUCAAAGCAGACAUGGAUCACAAGAGUCCCAGUCCUCAUGGUACCAACCUUCAAUGGACUCUUCUCAGGGAAAGAACCCUCAAGCCGCUCCAGCUCCGAGCCAUCAAUAUCCUGGGCAGCACCCUGGGCAACACCAGAAUGCACAGUCACAAUGUCAAUCAGAGCCGAAUGAUCAGAAUGCAUCUGUCAAGGUUUCUUCGGCAACAACCUGUGCACUAUGUGCGAAAGCAGGCGUCGACACUCAGCUUCGUCCCUGCGGCCGCUUUUUUCACGAACGUUGCUUGAAGCCCUACCUUCAAUCGAAUACGGGAGUACCCAUGUGUCCAAUUGACAACACUCCAAUACAAUCUGCGCUCCUCGCAAUCCCAACUGACGAGGCCAUGAAAUCAACCUCAGCUACUUCACUGACUCCAUCAUGGAGAUCAAUUCCUUCGAUCGCUAGCCUUGAAUUUGCUAGUACUCAAGGCUAA